AAGAGUGUCCGACUAGAGAAACCCCAGUUCCACCGUCCACCGUACGCAUCCAGAUUGUAAGAAAUAUCGCCAUUGCCCUUUCUGGCACGUACUAUCGCAGCCCAGUGUCCCAUCCUGGACUGUGGACAAUCAUAUUUAAUCGAGGAUAUCUUGCACCGUCCAUUCCAUUAUUUUGCUUAUUACGCCAGCCCGGUUCCCCAGCGCUAAGUCAAGGUUAGUCGUUCACACUGGUUACGUGUCGGUGCGCUUAGAUUCCACGCGAAGGACACCAUCCACAGUACGAAAAACUGAAUGGGAAAAAUGCUCCUGCUGGUGGGAUUGAUUUGCCUCGGGCUCUGUGCUUAUCGGAUGCCAACCGCAAAUGGAUUCGAGAUAGAUAUUCCUGGCAUGGGAAAACUGGUAAUGGAGUUCAUUCGAGCCACCACGAGCCAACCUGAACAAACAGCGGCAACAGAUGACGGCGAAGACAAAGAAACUGUAGCGCCCGAAGCUGAAGAAAGACAAGAAAAGAAACCUGAAGACGCAGCAACGGAAAACCCAAUAGAAGAAAAUGAUGCAACUACUGCGAAGGGUUCUGACGAUGAUCAAGACAGUGAAGCAAUUGGCACUUCUCCAACACUGGCGGAUAGUGACGUGACAAAAUCGACAGAAGGUAACAGUAACCAUAACGAGAGUCAACCAGACGAGAAAGCAACAACUGCUGUCACUCCAAACCCACAAGACGGUGCAACACCAGUGAAAAAUUCAACAAUUGGUACUACUCCAACACCAGCAGAGGAACCGAAUACCGCGAAAGAAUCAAACGAGAGUCAACCAGACGGAAAAGCUCUUGCAGAAACAGAAAAGCCCGAGAAUACAACAAAACAAAAUGAUCCUGAGAAACCAGAGCAAACAGCUCCACCUUCACGAGAAACUGAACCCCUUGAAACAGAAGAUAACAAAACGGAUAAUCCGGAAGAAGUUGGCACCCCUGACCCGCCAGACGCUAUAAGUGCAACAACCGUGAAGGAUUCUGACAGCGAUCAAGACGUUUCAUCGAAUGGCACUCCUGCAGAGAAUGAGCCUCAGAACGAGUCUAUUCCAACAGAAGCCAGUAAAACGGAAAAGCCCAAACAAACAACAGUGGAAGCCAAGAAUCCAUCGAAAUCGAAAGAAGACGUACCAGAACAGCACCAGAUGCAGAAUUAUCCAAAGAUAACGGAUCCAACAGCAUCUGAAAGACCAGCUGAAGAUCCAUCGUCAAACGGGCAAAAAGGAGCAGAUCUGUGGUCUGACGCGGAGAAACCACCGAAGGAAUUCGGAACAGAGUUGGACCUCGACCCGAGGAAGAUUGACAGUAACGUCUGCUUGCAACCGGAAACCUUUCUUCCAACACUCGAACUUCCACACGAUUUAUUACGGAACAUGUUUCAAAAUACGAGCGGUGAAAACGUACCUUUUCAAGUGCAAAACUUUCUGAAUUUUUUCGUGUCGACAAUCCAUUCCUUACUUAACCCACAACUGAUUUUGGAUCAGCUGGACAGAAUUCCCGGUAAAAUUCAGAUUAUGAUAGGGAAAUUCAACCAGCAAAAAGCCGAAGGCAUUCAGUUGGUGAAGAACAAAAUGGACUCCAUAGCGGAGAGUGUACAACAGAAAAUUUCCCAGAAUUUAGCCAGUGUGAAUUUAUGCGAUGAAAAGGCUAAACAGUGCAUGAAACACGUUCAGAGAGUAUACCAAUCGUACCAAAGGGCAUUGCAGAACCGAAUUGGAUCGUGUGUUGGAAACGUUCAAAAUAUGAUUAACACACAACAGAUUAUGGCUGAUAACCUGAUAACAAAUAUUGUUCCAGUUAAAGGGCAGAAUCGAGAAAGCGUUACAACCUAUCCUGGAGCGGAUCGCAAACCUGGGCGACCGGCUGAAAUCCAUGAUCACUUCAAACAACAACUGCUUCGACCGAACGUUAAAUUCAAACGCUACGAAUAUAAUGCAACAGCUUGUAAAAACCACAAGCCAAACUUGUUUACAGUAGAGUAG